AAGUCUCUCCUUAGACUUUAAAUACAUGGAAUAUGACUUGAAAAACCGUAAGGACUAUGGCGGCUAGUGUAAUGUGAGAACCGGCUAAACCGGUCAUCCGUGGCGUUGAAAAACAAGGGUCCUUGUACCUGUUUCAUGUUGGAUUUUCCGCUUUCACUGCUCAAACUCAAAGCGCCAAAUAUUCUCUCCGUUCAGGUACGUCAUCUUAUUCUGUAGCACCAACCAGAGGUCUUCUCCAAAAUGCUCCCUUUGCGUCCAGAAGCACAGGUUAGAGGACUACAAACGUCUCUGUCUCUAGUUUCUUCAGAUCCUCUCCGGUCUCCUGAUGAACCUGGAUCAAACUCUGACAAUCUCCGUGAAUCACCGGCUGAGAGUGCAAGUUCUCAAGAAACUUGGCCUACAGCUGCAGCAAAGAAGAUGGAGAAUAGAAAGACGGAGAUUAAUAGCCUUGAGCAGAAAGUGAUUCACCGUGUUUCUGGUGCUGGCAAAGUUACUCUGCAAGACAUUGCAAGAGAAAGUGUGGGAACGAUAUGUGAAAAAAUGCGUUGUCUACCUCCGGUAUAUCUCGAAGAACUGAAAAAUGGACUUCGAGUUAUCCUUGAGGGAGGGAAUGCAUCGCAGCACAGAGAGGAAUUUUUCAUUUUGCAGAAGCUUGUUCAGAAUAGAGCUGAUUUGACAGAAAAGACAUUGGUGAGAGCUCAUCGAGUGCAGCUUGAAAUCCUUGUUGCAAUAAAUACUGGAAUUCAGGGAUUUUUGCAUCCUAGCAUCAAUCUAUCACAGACUUCCCUGAUUGAGAUCUUUGGUUAUAAGAGGUGCAGAAACAUAGCGUGCCAAAACCUGCUUCCAGCUGAUGAUUGUACCUGUGAAAUAUGCACCAACACUAAUGGUUUCUGCAAUCUGUGCAUGUGUGUGAUCUGCAACAAGUUUGACUUUGACGUGAAUACUUGCCGCUGGAUUGGAUGUGACUUGUGUUCUCACUGGACUCACACUGAUUGUGCCAUUCGCGAGCAACUUAUUUGCAUGGGCCCUUCUUCAAAGAGUGAAGCAGGACCAAGUGAAAUGGUUUUCAGGUGUCAAGCAUGCAAUAGGACUUCAGAACUGGUGGGUUGGGUUAAAGAUGUCUUCCAGCACUGUGCUGCCUCGUGGGAUGGAGAGGCCCUAAUGAGGGAACUUGAUUAUGUUAGUAGGAUCUUUCAUGGCAAUAAAGAACCCCGAGGGAGGAAGCUAUUUUGGAAGUGUGGCGAUAUCAUAGAAAAAUUGAAAACCAAAAACAUGGAUUCAAAGGCUGCUUCCCGGGCAAUAUUGAUGUUUUUCCAAGAGCUUGAGGUGGACUCUACAGAAGGCCUGGAGAAUGGAGAAAGUGGAAGGUCGAUUGCUCCGCAGGACGCAUGCAAUAGAAUUGCUGAAGUGGUGGCGGAGGCCAUACGAAAGAUGGAAAUGGUAGCUGAUGAGAAGAUGAGGAUGUUCAAGAAGGCUCGCAUGGAUCUGGAAGCUUGCGACCAUGAACUUGCUGACAAGUCAAGGGAAGUGGCAGAGUUGAAGAUGGAGAGGCAGAAAAAGAAGCUGCAGAUAGAAGAGCUGGAGAAAAUUGUGAGGCUAAAGAAUGCAGAGGCUGAAAUGUUUCAGGUGAAGGCUAACGAGGCUAAACAAGAGGCCGAGAGACUUCAGAGGAUUGCUCUUGCCAAGCAAGAUAAAUCAGAGGAAGAAUUUACUAGCAACUACUUGAAGCAACGAUUAAACGAGGCCGAGGCUGAGAAGCAGUAUCUUUACAAGAAGAUCAAACUGCAAGAUAGUUCUCGCAGUAGUGGUGGUGAUCCCUCUCAGAUGCUGAUAUAUUCCAAAAUCCAUGAUCUUCUGUACAGUGUUCCUACCAAACCAGAAACUCAGGGUAAAGAGCACCACCCUUUUGGGACAAGUCCCUGAGACAAGUGAUGCCAAUCAUUUUCCCUGUCAUGGCUUAGUCAUUCCCUUUGAACAAUUUGGAAUGAGCUCCUUCUGUGGCAAUGUAAUGUAAUCAUCAAUUUUAUAUGCUCUCUUUUACACUGAGAUAAUGGUAAAGGAAGGCUUAAAUAUGUUUGAAACUAA